CAAGCUUUCACCAUAGGUCACACAAAUUGAAUGUGAAAUCACAGCAUCAGGUGGAGAAGGAAGACGCGAAAGCAGCUGCAAUGAGUGACUUACCCGUGGUGAAGAGCAACAUGAAUAGCCUUAGCCAGAGGUCGCCGUAUAGCCAGAUCGGGAUGGGAGCUGCCGGGGGCUUCCUCACCGGCUUUGUGCUCCUCAAGGCGAGUAAGAUAAUGGCCGUGGCCGCGGGCGGUACCAUUCUGGCGCUCGAGCUGGCAUGGCAGGCGGGACUGGUCAAGCUGGAUGUGCUCAAGACAUUCUCACAGCCGGAACAGGAUCAGUCCCGGGGGCAGCUGCAGGUCAGAGAAAUGUCCCUGGAGGCAGUGAAUCUUAGCCGCGUUCAGGAACUGGGGGAUAAAGCCAGGAAGGCGUGUGCAACCAGCGGUCGUCUGUGUGUGGCCUUCUUGGGCGGCUUUCUACUCGGCUUCGGAUGGGCUUAACUAAUGCAAAUUAUGAUCGCAACACAUACAUAUACAAUAUUUAAGUUGAUGUAAACGAAAGUUUUCACCUGUAGUGGCCUGCGGGAACACUUUUUUGCAGUUUUUGGGUGCCGGCACGCAGGGAAAGUUUCCAUAACAAAAGCCUUGAACAUUUUAUAGAAAUUCUCUUAACAAAUAGCCAAGCCUCUCUUCACCGCACAUUCACACACACACACCUACAUACUCUAACGUGCAUUUAAAGUUUGUGCUUCGCAUAAAAAGCGACCCAGCAAAAACUUCAAACUUGUAACAAC